AUGUUCAUGCAGCAAUUCUGCAGCGUAAACGUGAUCGCGUACUACUCGUCCAAUAUCUUUGAUGCGGGCUUCAGCAACUACCAGGCGCCGCUCGCCUCCUGGGGCUUCGGUAUGCUGAACCGGCUAUUCGCCUUCCCCGCGGUGUGGACGAUCGACACCUUUGGUCGCCACAGUCUGUUACUAACGACGUUCCCGCUCAUGGAAAUUUUCCUGCUCAUGACUGGCUUCUCGUUCUAUAUUCCCAAGGGUAAGACACAGGUUGCGGUCGUUGCGGUCGGCAUCUACCUAUACACCAUGGCGUAUUCCCCCGGCGAGGGCUCCGUGCCAUUCGCGUAUUCUGCGGAGGCAUACCCGCUGUACGUGCGCGACGUCGGCAUGUCAUUCUCGACCACCAUGCUCUGGUUAUUACCCACAGCAACCUCGUCGCGUUCACCUUCCCGCGCCUCCGCGCCUGUUCGGUGCAUUCAAAGGGUGCUUUCGGGGGUACGCCGCGUGGAACAUAUGUAUUUCGUGGCGAUCCUGCUGUUCGUGCCCGUGACGAAGGCGCUGUCACUCGAGAAGCUCGACCAGGUGUUCUCUGUGCCGACGCGCUAG